AUGCAGGCCACGCACCAGGCGAUCUGCUGGAGACUUUUCCUGUGUUGCUGCCUGUUUUUGCAGAGUUCCUCUCAGGACUUCGGCGGACAGACGCAGUUCAUUUGCACCUCCGUGCCCAAGGAUAUGGACAUAUGCGCGGCCACGUUGCAGAACAGCGUGCCGGGAGACGACCUGAAGACCACGGUCAUGCAGCUGCGGGAGACGGUUCUGCAGCAGAAGGAGACGAUCAUGAACCAGAAGGAGACGAUCAGAGAACUCACCUCAAAGUUGGCCCGGUGCGAGAGCCAGAGCGGCGCCGAGGACGCGCGGCCCGGGGCCCGCAGGAAAGAACCUGGGAGCAAGAACACGAUGGGGGACGUGUCGAGGGGCCCCGCGGAGACUUUGACGCAACUAUCACAGACUUUACAGUCGCUGAAGCAGAGAUUAGAGAAUCUGGAGCAAUUCAGCAGAAGUAACAACUCGGUGCAGGCGAACAGCCUCAAAGACCUGCUGCAGAGUAAAAUCGACGACCUGGAGAAGCAGGUGUUGUCCCGGGUGAACAACAUCGAGGAGGGAAAACCCGGACUCCGGAAUGAGACCGAGCAGCGUGGGAGAGUGGAGUCCACCCUCACGUCUCUCCACCAGAGGAUCACAGACCUGGAGAAAGGUCAAAGAGACAACAGGCCCCUGGAUAAAUUCCAGCUCACGUUCCCACUGAGAACCAACUACAUGUACGCAAAAGUGAAGAAGAGUUUGCCGGAGAUGUACGCCCUCACCGUGUGCAUGUGGCUCAAGUCCAACGCGUCUCCUGGGGUGGGCACGCCUUUCUCCUAUGCAGUUCCAGGUCAAGCCAACGAGCUGGUCCUCAUCGAGUGGGGAAACAACCCGAUGGAGAUACUCAUAAAUGACAAGGUUGCAAAGCUGCCGUUUCUUAUCAAUGACGGGAAGUGGCAUCACAUCUGCGUGACCUGGACAACUCGUGAUGGCGUUUGGGAAGCGUUCCAAGAUGGCGUCAAGAGGGGGAGUGGAGAGAACCUGGCUCCGUAUCAUCCAAUCAAACCACAAGGCCUGCUGAUCCUCGGUCAAGAGCAGGACACGCUCGGGGGAGGAUUUGACGCCACACAAGCCUUUGUCGGAGACCUGGCGAAUUUUCACAUCUGGGACCGGAAACUAUCUGUGGGAGAGAUUUAUAAUCUUGCGACUUGCAGCAGCAAAGCGCAAGUGGGCAAUGUUUUCGCGUGGAUGGAGACGAGCCUUGAUAUUUACGGAGGAGCCUCCAAGUGGACAUUUGAAGCUUGUCGCCAGCUCAACUGA